UGGCCUUAAGCUCAGCUCCUCGUUUUUAUAUAAAGCGGCUCCAAAUACUCCACCAUCCCUUCGCACAACACUCGUACACACGAGAGCAACCCUCUCUCUGACUUUCUCACUCUACACAAACACAGAAGAACCAACAAGGGAAGAAAAGAAGCAGCAGGAAGUAGGCCGACAUGAUGCACCGGCUCAUCGGAGAAGCUAGGAGAAGGGCGGCCUCGGGGAUGGUCGGCGGCGAGCGGUGGCUGUCGGCGGCGGCGAAAGGAAGGCUUGAGGGGGAAAUUGCACUAAUUACCGGAGGAGCAAGUGGGCUAGGUAAGGCGACGGCCCACGAAUUCAUCCAGGAGGGCGCGCAGGCCGUAAUCAUCGCAGAUAUCAACUCCAAUCUGGGCCCCCAAACAGCCCACGAGCUGGGCCGAAAGGCCCACUUCAUCCACUGCGACGUCACCGUGGAGGAGAGCGUCGCCGCGGCCGUGGACGCCACCGUAGCGCGGCACGGCAGGAUAGACAUCAUGCUCAACAGCGCCGGCGUCGUGGGCCCGCUGUCCUCCGUCACGUCGGAGUUGGCCCGCCUGGACCUUGCCCUGUUCGACGCCGUCAUGUGCGUGAACGUACGCGGUACGCUCGCCGGCAUCAAGCACGCGACGCGCGUGAUGGCGCCCCCAGAGGGCGCCGGCGGCGGAUCCAUCCUCUGCAUGGCGAGCAUCAGCGGUGUCCUCGGCGGCCUCGGAACGUACCCGUACUCGGUGUCGAAGUUCGCCAUCGCGGGUAUCGUCAAGGCCGCGGCCGCCGAGCUGUCGCGCCACGGCGUCCGCGUCAACUGCAUCUCGCCGUACGCGGUGCCGACGCCGAUGGUGGUGGAUCAGUUCUCGGAGAUGCUCGGUGGCGCCGCCGACGAGGCUCAGGUGGCGGCCGUCAUCAGGGGGCUAGGGGAGCUCAAGGGCGCGACGUGCGAGGCGGUCGAUGUCGCCAGGGCCGCCGUGUUCCUCGCCUCGGACGACGCCAAGUACGUGUCUGGGCACAACCUGGUGGUGGACGGCGGGUUCACGAGCUACAAGCGCAUGAACCUGCCGCUCCCUACUAAGCCACAGGAGUGACUGGCCGCAGCUGAGCCUGAUGUGUUUGUGUGCUUGCUGUUCAUGUUUGUUUGUACAGAACUACUGCACCUAACCAUGAAGAAGAUUGGAUCGGAGGAAGAAAGAGAAUGUGUGCGAUUUGUUUUUCUGAAACGAACAAAUGUGUGUGAUUUGUUGUAAUCUUGGUGUAGAGAGUUUGUGAAUUCAGUAGGAA